GUCCUCCUGACUUUGAUGAAAUUCUGGCAAACUGCACAGCUGAGCUGGGGCAGACUGUUAAGCUGGCCUGCAAAGCCACUGGAGUACCAAAACCUACAAUCACGUGGUACAAGGACGGACGAGCUGUGGAGGCGGAUCCUCAUCACAUUAUCAUCGAGGACCCUGAUGGUUCCUGCACACUGAUCCUGGAUAACAUGACAGCAGAUGAUUCUGGCCAGUACAUGUGCUUUGCCUCAAGCUCAGCCGGCAAUGCAAGCACUCUUGGCAAGAUCACAGUUCAGGUGCCUCCUCGUUUUGUGAAUAAAAUGAGGAAUGCUACAUUCGUUGCUGGCGAGGACGCCCAGUUUACCUGCGUCAUACAAAGCGCCCCAAGCCCCAAGAUCAGGUGGUUCAAGGACAGCAGGCUGCUGACUGACCAGGAAAAGUAUCAGACCUACAGCGAACUCCGGAGUGGGGUUCUGGUCUUGGUGAUAAAAAUGACAGAAAGAGACCUGGGACACUAUGAGUGUGAGUUGUCCAACCGCCUGGGAAGUGCCAAGUGUGCAGCUGAUUUACUUCUCCCCUCUGCUGUGGCUCGGACCGGUGAGCAGGCCAUCACUAUCGAAGUUACUGAGCAGGAGACGAGAAUACCAAAGAAAACCAUCAUAAUUGAGGAGACUAUAACCACUGUGGUGAAGAACCCGCGGAUGAGGAGGCACAGGUCUCCUGGCUUGACUCUUGCUGGUGCCCAUCGCUCAGAGACAUCCACCCCAGAGCCCCCUGCAUCCAGGCAGAGGAGGAUGCCCACCACCAGAAAGACCACCAUCCCGACCGUAUAUGUUACUGAAGCACAGGGUGCUGAAGCCAGAGUCAUGGAGAGCAAGCCCCGGUGGGUGGAGGUCGAGGAGGUCAUCGAAUAUAAAGUCAAUAAGUCCCCUAGGCUGCCAAGGAGGAGAAACAUCUCACCUGCAGGGUCCGAUCGUUCAGCCACUCUGUCCAGAACAAAAAGGUAUCCCCCUGAAAACCCGAAUGCCAACAACUCAAACAACAAGCUGGUAGAGCAGGUGCAGGCCCAGCUGCAGGGAGACGUCAGCAGCCACCAGCUCUCCUGGGAAGACGAGGAGGGUCAUGUGACCUCUGACCCUGUCCCUGAAGAGCCACAUGAGCUCUCCUCAGUCCUCGCUGCUGAUGGAGAUGACAGCGAAGACCAGGAUGAUCAAGAGACUGUCAUCUUUGUUCCAGAUGAAGACGAUGAUGAUCAAUGCUCAACCAGAAAGCAGGAGUCUAAGAUGCUGACACAAGGAGGACACGUUCUGACCCUUGAAGACUUGGAGGAUUAUGUUCCAGAGGAAGGAGAGACCUAUGGCUCCUCCAGCACCCACCUCCCUCCUGCUGAAAAGCCCUGUGAGAUCUCCGUGCUGCAGAGGGAGAUCGGCGGCUCCACGGUGGGACAGCCGGUGCUCCUUAAUGUCGGGAGCCCCGUCUCAGUCCAGAGGCAGAGGAGCGGCUUCUUUGGCCGCUUCAGGGAGCAUCUCUCCAGCAGCCUCUUCUCAGCUGCAGCCCCACAAGCCAGCGGAGUCCAGUCCAGGGUGGAAAGGCAUGUCCCCAUCCAGGUGAGCCACGCCAAGAUGGAGGUGAAGCCUUCAUAUUGCUCAGAGGUGCAGAGAGUCGAAGGGGGGAAGCAAAGCUUUAAAACCAAAGUGUCGACUCAGACCUACGGCUACACAUCGGUGGGAAACUCUGUCAAUAUUCAGAUAGGUCAAAAGAAAUAGUAGCUAAAUAUUUCAGUUUGACACCACAAACCCUUUUAGUCUUAAAUAGGGACGUCUCUGCUUAGAAGAAUAACACAUAUCCUAACCUGACGUGUAGUUACUACAUCUGACAGACCAUUCCCUUUUGAAGCUGCACAUCAGAGAACUUCCUCUGAGUCUUUUCUUGAUCAGUCAGGUGGUCUUUGCAAACAAGGCUAGUAGGUAAUGUAGUUUAAACUUUCUCACUGUAGGCAAAUUAAGCCCCAACAAGUAACAGGUUUAUGACAUAUGCAGUCUGUCGUACUGAUCGACAAUCUCUACUUAUGAUUUUGAAUUCAAUUUCAAGAGUUUUUUUUUUUUUUUACAUACUCUUACCAAAGCAUACACCGUGA